AUGUUGACCAAGUCACUUUCAGCUAUUCUUAUGGGUUUUACAAUUGGUGUUACUUUUAGUCUAUGGUUACAGCGGAAUUCGCAGAUUAAUACAACAGAAAUGAUUACUAGUACUCCAAUUAUACUCCCAUCAUCUUCAAAACAUGAACAGUUAAAGUCUAAUUUAUCAACAAAUUUCAACAUUAAUUAUGAUAAUAUAGCUCAAUUCUAUGAAGGAUACUACAAAUUCUAUGAAUUGAACAGAGAAUGGCAGAAAAAAUCGUUUCUUGGAGUUCACUUUCUGCAAAAUUCCAAUGAUGCAAUUACAAUUGCCGAGAUUCUGCAUGAUCAAGAUAUUGAUCUAGUUAUUGAAACAGGUACUUAUCGUGGUGGUGCUGCUCUAUUCUUUGCUUCAAUCAUGUACCAAUAUCGAUAUAAUGCAAGUUCAAAAACAAUUCGUCCAUUUAAAAUUGUAACUAUGGAUAUAAACGCAGAAGCAAAGACAUAUAUUAAUCGAUAUCCACUUCUUGCUUCUUAUAUCACUUUUAUUCCUCAUGGAAGCAUGACAGAGAUAGCAAAAUCAAUCGUUAAUCGUACAUUUAUCGAAAUGAAACCUAAAAAUGUAUUUAUUUCGCUUGAUGGUGACCACUAUUCUAAAAGUGUCUAUGAUGAAUUAGUCUAUUUUCAAAAUUAUUUGUCAAAAAUCGGUAAUUAUAUCCUGGUACAAGAUACUCGAUUAUCAAGUAAAUGGCAUACUAUGUAUUGUGCUGAAGCAAAAUUGGGUGGACCUUGCAAUGGACCACAAGAAGGUGUCAAUUGGUUUUUAAAAAAUGAAGGUCAAGGACGUUUUGUUAGUGAUCCUGGAAAAGAGUAUUUAUUUAGUACUCAUCACAAUGGAUGGCUUAAGAAAAUUGCUUUAUAG